UGAAGACUCCAAUGCUAUGAUGUAGGUACAUGUAUACAUUUCCAACCAAAUUUUAAUCACUGAAAUUUUAGAGACGAAUUUGCAAAGCAACAUAUAAUGGAUGAAACACUAACUGAAUGUAUUCUAACUGAAUUUUGAAAGUUCUCCAGACUCACCAAAGCAGAUGAGGAUGCUCUCUGGUGAAGUUGGUCUUCAGGAAAGUCUGAAGGGAUAUGGACAUUGAUAUUGAGAUACUGAGACUGGAAAAUUACUGAAUUAACAGACAGUGAAAUACUGGGAGGCAACUUAUCAGCGCAAAGUUGGCAGAGGAAAGAAGCUACACACGGAUGAGGGUGGGGCCGGGACGUGAGGACACACGCCGGCCCUGAAUCGGGCUAAUCAGCUGGGAGGAGGAUAAAGAUGAGCUGGAGGUGCCAGUUGGAGAGAAAGAGCCACAUGCCGCUGCUGUGCCUCUGUCCCCAGGCAGAUGGCCACGGCUGCUCCCCUGGCGGAUGGCAGGGCCAGGCCAUGGCAUGUCAGGGGACCAGUGAGCCAGUCUCUCUCUCUCUCUCUUCUCUCUCUCUCUCUCUCUCUCUCUCUCUCUCUCUCUCUCUCUCUCUCUCUCUCUCUCUCUAUCUCUCUCUGUUGCUCCGCCUCGCACAUCACAACCAUAUAUGUUGUAUCCGCUUGUUUUUCAACUGAAAAAGAAAUAGCCAAAAACCAGAAGACACAUUAUUCAUUCAUGCAUAUAAACCAAGUUUAUAACUUGAAUAUUUGUUUUGCACAUGUGGGUGGGCCUGACACACCUGUUUCCAUUGAUUGGUUAAUAUGCACCAUCAUCUGUUCUUCCUCAACCCCGUCCAUAGAAUAAGAGUUCACCAGAGUUAAAGUUUGCAGAUUGUUUUUGCAGAUAGAUUCUAAUAAUUUAAAUGAAGAGCAUUAAUAUUUCUUAGAAAAUCUUCUGACUGCUGCAUGUUUAUUGCAAUCUCGUCAAGCAAUGGACACCUGGAUACGACAGCCACUUUUUUAACUGCUUUUUUAUUUUCAGAAGGAAUAUUAGCACGAUUAUGAAUUGGGAUGCUGUGCACCGACCUAACUGUAACUAAAUAAACUUUGUUAUCUGGUUGUUGUUGUUGUUAUUGAUGUUAUUAUUAUUAUUAAUGAUAAUUAAAACAAGUCAAGAAUUACAGGGGAAACAUAAGGGAAAACAUGUUUAUUGGAUGUGACUAAGCCUCGCAGGACAUAGUCAUGGUUUUGAGGAGUGAGGAUACAAAAUCUUAGGACCUUUAGGAUUUUUUGAGGGUAAGGGCUCAGCCCUCAAUGUUUGUGUAUUUAUUUUAUUUCAAGUUCAUUGUCGGGUCGCCGAGCCGUGCACAGUUCUUCACUUACCACCUAUCCGAGCCACGUUGACAAUCCAUUGAAUUCAUUAAAUAAAAUGCAACAAACACACCCUGUUCCUGAUUUAUUCUGGCUGACAUGCUGUUAGAUUUUGCUUGGUUUAAAUAAUAAUAAAAGAUUUUAACCUGAAAACUGCCCCUCGCACUCAAAGCAUGUUUAAACUUUUUUUUUUUUUUUGUGACAAAAAGGUAAAUGUAGUAAACCAAAAGGUGUAUUAAAGUGUUGCCUAGUUCAUCCAAACUGAAUCACGUUGCUUGUACAUCAAAAAUCCAAGGCACUCACAUGGGGUAUAGGCCUUAAUAAGGCCGGCUAUUAAAAUGAGGCAAUAUUAAAAACCAUAAUCAAAUUGUGGCCAGAAGAGCCUUACUUAUAUACAACAAUUAUUUUACUUAAUUGCCAUUAAAUUUGAAUCACAUUCGCUGUCCAUAAAAUAUAAUAUUUUAUUGUGUAAUAGUUGAACGCAUAUAGUGAAGGUAAAAUCUUGUCUUUAUGCAGGAUGUAUAGCCCAGAUGUUAAAGUAAUAAAGUAAAAUAAUAGAUAAGGGUACCAUUUUAUUCAGUCAGUUAGUUGUUGUAUCCUAAAAAUAAAUGAAAACUAUUUUAGACAUUAAAAAUGUAAGGCUCAUACUGUUCUGUUUAACAAAAAUAAGGACAUGAAUUUACUCCCCCAUAUAGACAUGUCAGGCAAAAUUGACCGCAUUGACUGUAAAAAACAAACAACAACAACAACAAAACCUCAACUCAAUGUAUGCUAAGCGAUGAAUUUGCGGUGAUUUAGCGCUUGCAACGUCCCUUUUGAAAAGGCUUUUAUUCUUAAGAAAAGGAAUGAAGAAGGACAGAUGACAUUGCAGAUUGACCACUCAGUAGAAAUGUCACAUCCAUCCACCUGUGCAAAUCAAAUAAUCAAGUCAUACACUUAUUUUAUGCACUUGAAUGAAAAAAUGAGUGGAAUUCUUGUUUUUUUAUUUCUUAGAUGAAACUAAGAAAAAAAUAAAAAAAAUAAAGUGUUUUCUCAAUUUUGCUCAUUUCUUUCUAGAUUAAAAACAAGUAAAUGGUCGGUUUAUUGGUUAUUCCGCUUUGAAGACAAAAACAAAAAAAUAUAUAUGAAUUAUCCGAAGGUACGCAGACUGAUCUGUUUCCUUGUUCUUUUAUUUUCUUCCUUGUUCCUCUACAUCUGAAGAGUACUGCCACGCUCCAAGUCUGUGUCAAAACCGGCAAUUACUUGAUGCAUCUUGAGCUCGUGUGAUCUUCCUCUUCCUGGUAUUCUGGGGAAUCAGCUUCCUAUAGGAGGGUACGUCUGAGAGCUAUCAUGCUGUGGCCAGCUGCCUUUCUCUCACUGCGACUGUCAAUGACUUCCCUCCUUCUCAAUGUCUUGGAUCUGUCAGAGUCAGAGUCCCACCAAACAGAAAAUGGAUGCCCAGAUAGUUGUUUCUGCUCUGAGAAUGUUGAUGGUGGGCUGGUGGUUCGUUGUAGCAACAUGCACUUGAUUGCCGUGCCACAUGGCCUUCCCAACAUUACACAACAUCUAUACCUGGAUAACAACCUGCUGGUUACCAUACCAUCUGAUUCCUUCGUAGGUCUUCCCCUGCUGUUUGAGCUAGAUCUUUCGCACAAUAGGCUGGUCCACCUGGAACCUGGAGCAUUCCAAGGUUUGGCCGGAUCAUUGAGCAGACUAGAUCUUUCCUCUAACCAGCUAGAGACCCUGGAUCCCAUGGUGCUGGGGGACCUCAGAGCCCAGACUAACCUCUCUCAUAACCCCUGGCUGUGCGACUGCCGUCUGCAACUGGCUAUGCCACAGCUGCUCUUGGAUCCAUCCUCACUUGCUGAGGUGGUCUGCAACAAUUCUGAGCCAGAAGAGCUUGGGGCACAAGGUAUGCCAUUCAUCUUAGUAGCGGCUGAUAUCGACUUCUGUGCAGCACUCAGGAGGACCACUGACGUGGCUAUGCUGAUAACAAUGUUUGGCUGGUUUACAAUGGUUAUAUCAUACUUGGUUUACUAUGUCAGGCACAACCAAGAAGAAGCCAUACGCCACCUAGGGUAUCUUAAAUCUCUCCCCAACAGGCAAGGGAGAAUCAUUAACUCUUAGAACCUGGCUGUAACGUAAAUAUGAACAACCUACUGUAUUUUGCAUAUAGAGUGCCAAAACCCUCAGUUAUCACAGUUAUGUACAUUCUUUCAAAACUUUUUACAAUCAAAUCGAUGAACACAAUAACAGCCCCACUCUACAUUUUUUUCACAAUCCAGAUUUUGCAUGUUUUGUGCUCUUUUCAGGGCCGUAGCAAGGUAAUCUGGGCCCCCUGACUGUAUAUUGCUCUGGGCCCUUUUCCUAUUAAAACAUACAGUUUAGAAUUUCUUGUAGGGCCCCCUGUACCUUUGGGCCCCUAGAAUCGUUACCAACUUUCACCCCACUAGCUACGGCCUUGGCUCUUGUCAUGCUUUUUGACUGUGAUCAAUAAACUCCAAAUUCUUCAAUGAAUAAAUGUACAACACACAUUAUGCUCAUUGAAUAUAUCUCUCUCCAGUUACCCAGUGAAGUCAGUAGUUUCUUAUUUCAGCCAAAAUUUCUAUAAUUGGGCAUUUUUCUUUGGAAAUGUUCUUUUUCAAUGUCUUUUGAAAUGUUUGUUAAGCUGUCAGCGUUUAAUAAUAAUAAAAAGAUUC